AGCUUCAAAUAUGAUACUCUAUUAUAGUUCCUUAUGAUGUUUACAAAUUAAUAUGCUUUUAUGUGAUAAAUUAUAUCCUAAUUUGGAUUUAGUUGAAAAAUUGAAUUAGAGGUUACAAUCUAUUUUUUGUGUUCUUAAAAAUUAGGAUAAUAUGGAGGCCUACAUUAAUUAGUUGGGAUAAGUUUCCUGAAAAUCUAAAUGACUAAACAAAGCCUUUUUCUAAGAGCCUGUUUGGAUUGACUUAUUUUAGGUGCUUUUAAGUACUUUUGUAGUGUUCGGGUAAAUAUAGAAAAGUGCUUUUAUGCACUUAUUUUUAAGCCAGAGUCAUAAUUAUAAGCCCAUCCAAACAGGCUGUAAGUCGUUCAGUUUCACAUGGAGUUGAAGAGUCGGAUUAAACCCUAAAACCAUUUUUUGUGUUCUGAAAGAAUAGGAUAAUAUGGAGGCGUACGGGGAGGAUUGUAAAGUAUUAGUAUCUCAAUUGAAGCAGCAAGAAAAAGAACUUAGGCUCAAGAGAAGGUGGUUAAUGGACUUGCACUUAUCCGAAAGAGAGCAAAAAAAGAUGGAAAGACUCAAACCGCCCAGUGAUAUAUGUUUACCUGAAUCAUUGCUUAGAGAAGAUGAUUUACAUUAUGAGAACAUUAGAACUUCUGUUGCAAAGGCAUUUGGAGUGUAUACUGAUGAAAGGACAUAUCAUGGUGCGCCAGCCACAUUGCUCUCUAGUUCAGCUGAGAAUUUGAGAUGCAUUUAUUCCAUGCUUGAUAAGAUGAACAACAAGGGGUUAUGCUGUAUUGCAGAGACUGUAACUGGUGGCUCAAUUACUAUUGAGAAAACCAAUCGGCAAAUGAGAAGGAUAAUCAAGCAAUUUCUUCCCAAAAUUCUCCAUAAGAAUGAUGAUUCCAGUCAAAGUCGAAUUAAACAAAUUUCUCAACUCCUCAAAGAUCCUCAAUACUUUCGUGUUAAUCAUGGGGCUUCUUGUUCUACCUCAGAAUCCUUUCGCAGUUCUGCUAUUUAUGUACUAGAUAGACUUGAGGAGCUGCCUCUUCUAAUUUUGAAUAAAAUGCGUAGGAAUCUGAGCAAUGUCACGGGUUACAUCCCCAACAUACAACCUCCAAGAAUAGGUUGGAAGAUUGAAAGUUUAGUUAAACAAAUCAGGAAAAAAUCAUUGAAAAUGUUAUCAGACUAUGAAGAAGGGGAUGAGCCACCAGAACCCCUGGCCAAGGCUUUGUCCGUAGCAGCCUUAAAGUUAAAACCAGAACUUGAUUAUUGUCCCUCUCAGAUGGUUUUCCAAAAACUUUCAUCAGAUGUAGAAGCAUUGCAGAAUGAUAUAGCAAAAGCAAUUAGGAUUCUAGAUGAUAAAAAUAAAAUUAGUUUCGCAGAGCUGGGAAAUUUGCCUCUUAUGCUGGAUUCUAAUGCCGAAGCUGUCAAAGGAAGUGGUCGUUUGCGUGUGAAAGUGAAGAAACUGUUGACUGAAUAUCUUCUCGAGUGCAGCGACAUGCAGUCUAUCCCUGAAAGUUUACUAGAAAGUCUAGCUAUUGUUAACAAAACAUCUAGGCAUGCAUCUAGGAAAACUUACUCAAACAAGGAGGUAGAAGAAGAAGUAGAAUGUGUGCUGAUUAUUAGUGCUCAGAUAAAACAAAUUGUUUGGGAUUUACUCACUGAUUGUGAUGUCAGUGAAGAUUUUGCGAUAGCUUACAUGGAGAAUGUAGAGGAAAGUUAUUAUGAAGGUGGUGAUGAAGAUGCAGAUCUUUCUGAUCUUCCUCAAAAUUGCAGGUCUGAUCCUAAUGUCUCAUACAGCCAAGCAGAAAGUGUCGGCGAGAUAAACCAAAGCAAUUCCAAGUCGCCAACCACUGCUAGUCGAGAUGAUGGUUUAUCCUCUCCGCUUUCACCAAAACUCAAGUCGAGUGUCAAACUCGAGUCAAUGUAUACCGAUGAAAUAGAUUCGGUUCAUUCCAAUUGGUUUGACAAUUCCUCAUCAUUCUUAGAAUCAAAGGAUUCUGAAGACGCAAAGAGUAUGAGUGGUAUAGAUUACCAGUUAAGAAGCAUAGGCCAACAGGAAGGAAGGGAUUCAUGCAGAUCUACGUCAACUAGAGAUCAAAAUAUAUUUUCUGAGGAAAAAGGAACUGUAGGGAACGUGGGAUGCAGACCACCAAAAUUUACAUUGGCAGACUGUUCAGAAGAAAAAAACGUAUCACUUCACAGACAAAACUCGAGUAGAAAUCAGUAUCUUCUUAUCCAGGAAGGUUCUGAUGAGACAAGUAUGGUUGCUUAUAGUCUUAUCGGCUGUAUGUUGAAUAAGUUUGCUCAGUUGGAUGGGUUACAGUUAUCUAAGGAUGAUGUAUCAUAUCUCCAAGGCAAUACUUCAGAUCCCAAAAGUUUUGAAGUUCUCAAGGACAGGCAAAGCUCUUGUGAUGAGACCACUGACUCGGUUAUGGUCCAUGUCCUUGAAGAGAUAAUUCCUUCAUUUUCAAACAGUGGUAAAGAACAAUUGAAGGAGUUGUUGGGCUUGAAGUAGGUUCUGAAGCCUUGAGUCAUUGAUUGGAGCAUAGCUCAAACUCUUACUUACAUAGAAGUCUUGCUACAUUUAGUCGGGGAUGAUAUCUAGCGGGGACCAUGAUAUCAUCGUCGUUGGAAGGAGAUUCAUUUCACGUGGAUGAUAUGCUUACAUGCAUCGGAAAAGACAUACUAUUGAUUCGUGCGGGAGAUACAGUCUGAUGAACGUGGUGUUAAUGUUGGCUUACGGAAGAUUGUGAAAUUUUGGCCAGAAGAGUAGAGAGCGUAGUUUUUCUUUUCUUUUUAAGCCCAUACACGUAUUUGUUUUAGUUGCUGCUCCAUUUAUUCUAUUAUUUGUUAACAUUCUUUUUGGAUAAACCAGGGAAUGAUUUUCUGGUAAUACAUACGAUAUAUCGGCAUUUUAUUUAAUUCAGCCGAACUUAUUGUUUCUGA